AUGGCUGCAGCCACCUUAGGGAAUCUUUGCAGGAAGGUCUCUACUGCUCUAAGGGCUUCCAGGUCAUUCAUAAGUGCUCAGAGCCCCGUGGGCACGGGUUUCAGGUUCUGUCUUGGCCUCCUGACAAAGAAUCCAAGUGCUGCAUCUUCUCACCAAUGUCGAUUGCUUCAUACCACAUUGCCCAGGAAAGGACUGGAAGAAUUUUUUGAUGAUCCAAAGAAUUGGGGGGAAGAAAAAGUGAAAUGUGGUGCUGCUUGGACCUGCCAGCAGUUACGGAACAAAAGUAAUGAAGAUUUACAUAAGCUUCGGUACAUCCUGCUGAAGGACAGGAACAGGCUCCUGAGGCUGGAGCAGGAGGCCACGCGGCAGAGGGUGCCCAUGCCCAGUCCGGAGCGGCUCGACAAGGUCAUAGAAUCCAUGGAAGCAUUAGAUAAAGUUGUCAAGGAAAGAGAAGAUGCCAUAAGACUUCUUCAGACAGGCCAAGAAAAUGCUAGACCCGGUGCUUGGAGGAGAGACAUCUUUGGAAGAGUUAUCUGGCACAAGUUUAAGCAGUGGCCUAUACCUUGGUACCUAAAUAAAAAAUAUAAAAGGAAACGAUUCUUUUCAUUGCCUUAUGUGGAUUGUUUUCUCAGACUGAAACUUGAGACACAAAUGCGCACCAGAGUAAAAAAGACAAGUUUAGAGAAAGAGAAUCAGAAGUUUCUUCAGGAAAAGUUUCCUCUCUCUGGAGCCUAGAAGUCAAGUGCAGCCUAAGACGUCUGGACUCUUAACUUACUGCUUUGUUUUUCUUGGACAAUAGUUGAUGCACAAAAGCAAGUAUGUUUAGAAGCUUAUAAAGAAACUUUUUAGUUAAA